AUAAGAACAGCUAUUCAGCCUAGUGCCUACAGAAAUUAAAGUACGUAACUAAUCUAAUUUAAUUCACUACCCAUAACACUUUGCGGUCCUUCCGGAAGCCCUUUUCUUCCUUUCCGCCGUUGCCGUCUCCUCCUUAAAAUUAUACAGGCGGUUCACCAUGGCAGCCCUCAGACCUCUUACCAAACCGAAGAUUGUCAAGAAGAGGGUUAAGAAAUUCAUUCGCCAUCAGUCUGACAGAUAUGUCAAGAUCACGAAAAGCUGGCGUAAGCCCAGGGGUAUUGACAACAGGGUCCGCAGGCGGUUUAAGGGUCAGAUGCUGAUGCCAAACAUUGGUUAUGGUAGCAACAAGAAGACCAAGCACAUGCUACCCUCUGGCUUCAGGAAGUUCCUGGUGCACAACAUCAAGGAGCUCGAGGUCCUCAUGAUGAGCAACAAGACCCACGCUGCUGAGAUCGCCCACAACGUGUCUUCCAAGAACAGGAAGCUGAUUGUGGAGAGGGCAGCCCAGCUGGCCAUCAAGAUCACCAACCCCAAUGCCAGACUCCGCAGCGAGGAGAACGAGUGAUCCAGACAUUAUUUUCUUAAUAAAACAGAUUUUUAAAUGUG